UUUCAGUCCACCAGCUUCUUUUCUUGAUGGCCCUCUGGCCUCUCACUCAAGAUGAUGUUUUUUUUUAAAGUCAUAGCCUCUGAAUUGGGGAUUGAUGGAUUUCUUACCUCUGUUAAAUUCUUGAAGCAUCAGCCAUACAGUCUGCUCCACAGAUAAGGUAAAGUGUUAGAAGCUGGACUACAGGUCACCAGGCCUCGGUUGGAAAGCUGUGAGGAGCCAUCCAUUAGACCUGGAAGGAUGCGCAGCCAUCUGCACGUCGUUACUGUUGACGGGCGGAUGGGUGGUGGGCUUUGUUGGCUUCAACUGUACCCAUUCCACAGGCGAUCACAGUGAGGUGGGAGUGAGUGGGGUGCACAUGCUCAGGGUCACACAGGUAGGUGACAAAGUGGGACUACAGAUACAGCAAGCCGUGAGGACCUGCCGGUGAGGCGUGGGUGACUUGAACACUGUUCUUUUUUCCUAGUGAUUGCUGAGAGACCGAGUCAUCCUUUUGACAAACGAGUCAAUCCCGGCACUGGGCUGCGUGGAAAGUCGUACGGACAGCGCUUCAUGAUGGAUUUCCUCUUGGCUUCUGCCCCGUGACUCUGCUUUCAAACCAGAGAUUCUCCGACCCAGCGAACAUGGCUUACCAGAAGUUGAGGCUGACCUACGCGUGCCUGCUGUUGGUGGGAGCGCUGUGCUUGUAUUUCAGCAUGGCUCCUUAUAAAGAAGAGCCUUUCAUUUUCAAGAAAAAAUACGGGACGUUCCUUCAGCUCCCAGAUAUCGAUUGCAGGCAAGAUCCUCCCUUCCUUGUCCUGCUGGUGACUUCAUCCCACAAGCAGGUGGCCGCUCGCAUGGCCAUCCGGAAGACGUGGGGGGGAGAGAGGACAGUGAGCGGGAGGCAGGUGAGGACAUUCUUCCUCCUGGGGACCACGGCCAACCAGGACGAGAUGAGCGCGGUGGCCCAGGAAAGCCAGCAGCACGGCGACAUCAUCCAGAAGAACUUCAGGGAUGUCUACUUCAAUCUGACCCUCAAGACCAUGAUGGGCAUGGAGUGGGUCCACUACUUCUGUCCUCAGGUGGCUUUCGUGAUGAAGACAGACUCGGACAUGUUUGUGAACGUCCACUACCUGACCGAGCUACUCCUGAAGAAGAACAGGACAACGAGGUUUUUUACAGGCUUCCUGAAGCUCAACGAGUAUCCCAUCAGGAAGAAGUUCAAUAAGUGGUUUGUGAGUAAAUAUGAAUACCCCUGGGACAGGUACCCGCCCUUCUGCUCUGGCACCGGCUACGUCUUCUCCAGCGACGUGGCCAGCCAGGUGUACAACGUCUCCGAGAGCGUCCCCUUCAUUAAGCUUGAGGAUGUCUUUGUGGGGCUCUGCCUGGCAAAGCUGCAGAUCUGGCCCGAGGAGCUCCACUCCCAGCAGACGUUCUUCCCGGGGGGGUUACGCUUCUCCGUGUGCCGCUUUAGGAAGAUCGUGGCCUGCCAUUUCAUCACGCCCAAGGAGCUGCUGAUCUACUGGCAUGUCCUGGAGACCUCCCAGGAAGACUGUCCCGAGGUCUGAGUGGAGCCCAGUGGCACGUGGGUCCAAGAUCUUGGAUGGCGCUGCUGAGAAUCCUUAGGGGUACAGAGGGAGUGAGAAGGACGCAGGGAGCAGGACCCUGAGGACACUGUUCUCAGGGCUCCAGACCCAAACUAGAAUGAUGUGCGCUUAAACCAAGCUGCCCCAGGCAACACCCGCCCCACCUCUGGAGCACUGGGCUCCGGCUGAGCACCUGGUCCCCUCCUGCAUUGGCUCAUUUCAGGGCUCAGAGUCCCUGGGGGGUGGUGGGCACUAUCCUUCCUAUUUUACAGAUAAGGAAACAGUAGCCACAGAGGUACAGCCUCUGUCCCAAGGUUUAUAGCCAGCAGAGGUUGACCAGGCGUGGAAGCUGAGCAGGAAUCUGGCUGGCAGCCCCCAGUGGGGUCCCUCUGUCCCUCGGGAGGGGGUGGUGUUGUAAAGGCUGAGGAAGGCCUGGCAGCUGCACCCCGGCUCCCUUUCCAGAGAGCCCCUCCACUCCUGGCCUGAUGCUUUCCAGUGCUGAGACAGACUCCAGUCUGUCUCCAGUUCCUUACGUCCCUGGGGAUGACGGAGCUGGGCCCUGAGUCCUCAUUAGCGACGCGGUACUCAGCCCUGGGCACAUCCCAGAGGGUAGGCUGCCUGCGUGGCUGCAGCCCUCGCCCAGCUUCAGGUGGCAACUGACUUGACGACUUCGUCGGUUAGACUCAGAAGCCGCUUCCAGGGUUGCCUGUUGCGACUGGCCACACUGCUGAUGUCCCCAGGGUUGUGAUGCCUGUCCCCAGCCUUCAGGGACACCUGGUCUCUUUGCUGCAGGUCAGUGGGACGAGCCAUAGCCCUGGAGUACUUUAGGGCACUGAGUUCAGACUGAAGGCCGCUGGGCAUGCUGGAUUCCAGGAACUCGCUGGGCAUUUGGCUAGACCACAGCAAGCCGCUUUCAAGGACCCCGUAUUUACAAAACACUAAGGUGGACCCUGGUCCCAGGGAGUCUCCCUGUGUCUACGUCCCCCAACCUGACCCCAGGUCAUCGUCACUGAAUUUAUCACAUGGCCAAGGACCCACUGAGUCCUGUGGUUUGGAAUUUAACCUCUUUUCUCUCCCCCAGAGGAUUGUGUGAGCCCAUUUUGCAGGGCUGCAUGAACAGAGGGCACUUUUCUGCUAGGACUGUGACCAUUUGGCCACUGCCAGUGACAUACAGAGUGUCUUGCUCCUCAUUAAGGAA